CACAAACCCUAGAAUACUCUCUUUCCCUUUUGCCUUUAUUGCUUUUUGUAACAAAAUAAAAUAUUGAAUAUACUUUCCCUCCGGAGUGGUGUUUCCUCCAUGAAAUGGGAAAUGGAGGUGUAUGAAAUCGAAGCAGUCCUCGAGAAAAUCUGGGAUUUACACGAUAAGCUUAGCGAUGCUAUUCACUCCGUUUCUCGCGCUCAUUUCCUCAAGUCUCGCACUAGUAAGUCCGAUGACUUCCGUUCUAAGAAGAAACCCGACCCGUUAAAAGCUGGUUACGUUUACGUUAAGGAGUUCCGUGUAGAUGACGAUGAAAACGCCGUUCAUGAAGCUAAGAGUCUUAAUGCUAUUCGCACUGCUCUUGAACACCUUGAGGACCAGCUUGAGUUCUUCCAUACCGUGCAAAAUCAGCAACGUGCAGAAAGGGAUGCUGCCGUUGCUCGCUUAGAGCAAAGCCGAAUUGUUCUUGCAAUGCGAUUGGCUGAACAUCAGGGUAAAAACUAUAAAUUCAUUGAAGAAGCUCAAUCUUUGGUGGGAGAUGUUCGUAAUGCGAGUCAGUUUGUUUCUCCUGAAAAUCUUUAUGCUCCUGCUACAAGCCCCCCAGGUGAGAAUUUAACGGCGCAGAAGAGGAAGAGAUCAAAUGCUCUAGUCAAUAUACUCUUCUCUAGUUUUAAUUUCUUUAGGAAGUCUCUUAGAGUGGACGAAGUGGGUGGAAUUUUGGGAAAUGCAGCCUUGGUUGCAAUCAGCAUGCUUGCACUGAUGCACCUGCAGCAAGUUGGUAGCAAGGAAAAGUACCUUUUGGACUUCCCAUUAGGACAAGAUGUUGGCCCCAACAGAAAUAUGAGAAAAAUCUCUCAGCCUGAGGGGUCAUCUUCCAGUCUAAAUUUGGAUGUGUUGUCAGCCAGGGGCUGAAACGUAAAAUAAAGUUGGUAUACAGUGAGAAUUGGGGAGAAAAAAGAGGGUAUUAUGUAACUGCUUCCACUUAGCUGCCGAAGUUUUGUUGAUUGAUGGGUAGAGCUUUUGUUUCUGGUGGUUGUUAAUGCUUAGUCGUGUAAAAACAAAUUUUAGAUCUAUUAAAGCAUAAGAUGUGAGUUUGUCUU